CUUGCCUCCAUCUACAUAUAGACCUGAAAGUCUUUCAAGCCAUCAACCACCUCGCAUCCUCUCCUAUAUAUAGUUCUCCACUUCAAAGGCUUCCGAGUUGUGAACCACAUUGCAUACCCUCCUGAAGUUCCUGCAGCCAUGGGGUUCUCAGUGACCAGAACUGCCCAGUCCCUCGUCAGCCCAUGGGAGCCAACACCAUCGGAUACGCUCUCUCUCUCGAUCAUCGACCGUGUGCCCGGACUGAGGCACCUGGUGCGGUCGCUGCACGUGUUUAAGCAUGGCCAGGAGCCAGCCAAGGUCAUAAAGGAAGCACUGUCCAAGGCACUGGUCCCGUACUACCCUUUCGCCGGACGGUUCGUCGACUCAGAACACGGCGACGUUCGCAUCGCUUGCACCGGCGAGGGUGCUUGGUUUGUCGAGGCCACUGCAAAUUGUAGCCUUGAGGACGUCAGGUACCUCGACCACCCCCUCAUGAUCCCUCAAGACGAGCUCCUCCCCAAGCCUGGCCCGGAGUUGGACCCCCUUGAUCUGCCCCUGAUGAUGCAGGUAACGGAAUUCACCUGUGGCGGGUUCGUGGUUGGCCUCAUCUCCAUCCACACCAUCGCCGACGGCCUCGGGGCAGCACAGUUCGUCGCUGCCAUCGGAGAAUUUGCUCGCAACCGAGCCAAACCCACCGUCGACCCGGUCUGGGCGCGCGAACUCAUCCCCAGCCCGCCCAAGCUCCCUCCUGGACCCCCACUAGUCUUCCCCUCCUUCAAGCUCCAGCACUCCACCAUGGACAUCUCCCAGGACCGCAUCAACCAGGUGAAAGCUCAGUUCUUCGAGCAGUUCGGCCAGCGAUGCUCCGCCUUCGAUGUCUCCGUUGCCAAGACCUGGCAGGCUCGCACCCGGGCCAUCAAGUUGGACCCGGACGUCGACGUCCAUGUCUGCUUCUUCGCCAGCACUCGCCACUUGUUGCACCAAGUAUUGCCUGCAGAAGGUGCUGGCUACUAUGGCAACUGCUUCUAUCCAGUGACUGUCACCGCCCCUAGCAGUAAAGUAGCAUCGGCCGAGCUCGUCGAAGUCGUGAAGAUGAUCAAGGAUGCCAAGGCUAGGCUGCCUGCGGACUUCGCCAGGUGGGUGGUCGGGGACUUCAAAGAGGAGCCCUACCAGCUCUCGUUCACAUACGACUCGUUGUUUGUCUCAGACUGGACCCGGCUCGGCUUCCUUGAGGUCGACUAUGGCUGGGGGAUGCCCAUCCAUGUCAUACCCUUUGCCUACCAAGAGUUCAUGGCGGUGGCCAUCAUUGGAGCACCACCGAAGCCCAAGAAAGAUGCUCGGUUGAUGACGCAGUGCGUCGAGAAGGAGCACUUGGAAGCCUUUCAAGAUGAGAUGAAAACCUUCUAAACUUUGAAUAAGGAGAAUCCUCAGCAAGGAGUGAGGUGCAUUCCAUCAAGAAAGAUGCGAUUGUAAGUGUAAGAUGUGGAAUCAAAAUAGUAUUUGUACGCGAAUGGAGAGAUCUGCUCAAGCAGAACCUCGGUUUAGUGUGCGUGUGUUUCUAUGUAAUAUUAGAUGGGAGCAUUCAACAAUAAUUUGUAGCUUCAAUAUGGCUCUUUUCUUGUUGCCCAAUAGGAUUGGAUUGGGCUUUAAAUAAAGGGAUGUUCAAGUUUGUCUUUGUACUGGAAGUAGGGAUCAUGUCAUUUAUGCAACGUAUCUAUUUGUUGAACAUUA